AUGUCUGAGGAGCUACCAAAGAGGAUUUUUAAUGAGGGCGACGAGCCCCAAGUAACUCAGAUCAAUAACAACUGCAGGAUCGACUACAUUAUCAAGAAGUUCGAGAAGUGGAUACCAAAGGAGUUUGCUGAUGUGAAGAAAGAUCCGUUUUUCUCUCAGGUUUUCAAGCUUCAUGAGAAUGGUCUUGGCUACUCCGCGAGAGUGAUACACAGCAUCUUGUGCAGGGAGUUUCUGACUUACAUGAUGCACGAGCUGUGGUUUGUUUUCGCGCGAAGGCCACAUCGAUUUUCACUCCAAGAGUUCCACGCAGUGACCGGGUUUGAGUGCAGGACUAGUCUUUCACUUAAGAUUGACUUAGAAGACUAUGCAUAUGACGGUGGUUUCUGGAGCAAGGUCUUGAAGAGGAAAGAUGAAUCCAUUACACUCUUCAACUUGUGGAAUAAGGACAAGGUAGUUGUGAUGAAGUGGAAGAAUGCAGAUCGCAUUAGACUGAUCUACUUGGCCAUCAUUCUCUGUGUGGUUUUGGCGAGAGAUGAGAAGGCCAAUAUACCCCUCAAAUACAUCACACUGGUCAUGGAUCUCGAGAAGUUUCGGAAGUAUCCUUGGGGAGUUGCGGCUUACGACCUUCUCUGCAGUUCGAUAGCCAAAAACCGUCACAAACUUAAGGAGAAGACAACAAGUUAUGUGUUAGAUGGAUUCUCCUACGCCUUGCAGAUUUGGGCUAUGGAAGCUGUACCAAAGAUUGGGAAGCUUUGUGGAAAGAAACUGGACAAAAGCUUUGCUAAUGGUCCUAGAUGCAUCAACUGGAGGGGAGCUGCAAAGGUUUCAUAUGAUGAGAUCAAUAGGCUGGAGCAAAUCUUUACAGCAGAGGAUGUCAGCUACCCAUACAUCUCAUGGGAAGGGAAUAUGGUUGUAAUCCAAAGUCAGGAAUUUCGCAGAGAUGAUGAUGUCGAGGAUGACAGGAUCAAUGUUGUGAUGGAGUUGAUACGAGCUAAGCAUGACUUCAGUGAGCAUAUUUGGAAUUUGAAGAAACUGAGGUUUCUUUAGAUCUUAAUGAUGACGCACCAUCGAAUGUUGAAGCAGCUGAGAGUGAGGAAGAGUUCGAGACUCCACAAGGAUCAAAUAACCUAAGCUCUACAUCAAGAAGGGGUAAGAAGAGGGUCCCUGAUCGUGGUAUGGAAAAAAGGAAGCAUAAGGUUCUCUCUAGUGCACCAACGCAAGCGCCUUUUAACGAAGACAUGAAAGCUUUCGUGACACAGUUGUUUGAAGACAACUUUUCUGCAAUGGAAAAGAGGCUACAGAAACAGAUGUCCGAGACAUUUGAGCAAAUGAAGUCGGACCUCAUUGCUUCCCGAAAAGAAGCAAGCGUUGAAGUUGAGCAUGGAGGGCCUUCACCGUCCAAGGCAACAACGAGCCAACCACCGUUGAGGAGGUCCACACGAGGGAUAAAGAAACUCUAAUCUUCGCCAAUCUCUGCAAUGUUUUUUUCUCUUGUUUAUUAGAUGGUUUCGGUGUCUGUUUGUGUUAUUGUCUUAUAUGAUAUCGGCCUGGAUUUUGUUGUGUUUUAUAAGGUCUCGGUUUGGAUGUGUGCUUGAUGUGUAAGUGUCUUGUUUGAAAUUUUUGUAAUGGUUGUGAA